AUGAGCAUAACCUUGCAUCACUAUCAACCCACUUAUGGUUUGUUUAACCUGUUAAUAUUGAGGAAUAUCAAAAAUCAAUUAUCCUGUUACCCAUUUCGUAUUAAUAAAAACGGUAGACUAAUAGUGACAACUACCCGUAUAUCACAUCUUCAUUCUAAUGCAUUACUAUAUAACUCUACAAAAUUUAAAGAUGUUAAAACAAUAAACCCAAACAGUAAAGACGAAGAAGCAAAAAAAAAACUGAUCGACAUUCAGUUUUAUAGAAGAUUACCGACUUUCCAUAUAAAGCCACUACCUACUUUUAAUAAUUUAACCAUUGAAGAAAAAUUAAGUUUAAAAAAAAUUAGAUUUCCAGAAGAAAUAGAAAGUUUAAUUGCCACUACAUGUCCCCCUGGGUUACUAACUGAAAUCUAUGAAGUUUUGAAAAAUAUCCAUGACAAAUACUUAUUGAACAAAACCACUCAAAAAGAAAAUCAAGUGUAUAACGCUGCUUGGUGGAAAUUAAGAGAUUAUCUAUUUGGAUCCAUAAAAAUGUAUCAUAAUAGCACUAAUACUCCAGUAUUUGUUAAUAUAGGUGAUUAUGUUAAAUUUUCAGAUAUUAAUAAAAUAUAUCCCAUGCUGCUACAAAGUAAUAUUUUAAGUAAUGAAAAGUGGUAUUCCCUAAUCACCGUAUCUCCAAUGCUAAAUUCUAGGAUACUCAAACCUGAACAGGUGACAUCCUUACUCAAGGUAAAAUAUAUCCUUCAAAGGGCAUAUCUAAAAAUUUUACACGAAGAAAUUGAAUCCAAAACGCCUAAAAUUAUAUAUGAAAAUAAAAAUAAGUUACCCAAAUUAGGAUUGAAAGAUAGUGGUAGUAACACUUUAUUUGAUAUUAAAAAUCCGGCAGAUUGGUUUUACAAGACAAGAAAGAUGAAGAGGAAAAUCAUUAUGCAUUUAGGGCCAACAAAUUCAGGCAAAACAUAUAAUGCCUUACAAAAACUGAAAAAAAGUAAUAGAGGGUAUUAUGCUGGUCCCUUAAGGCUAUUAGCUAGAGAAGUUUAUGAAAGAUUUCAAAAGGAAGGUAUCAGGUGUAACUUACUAACUGGUGAAGAAAUUAUUAAUGAUCUUGAUUCCAUGGGCAACCAAGCUGGCUUAACUUCAGGUACUGUUGAAAUGGUUCCAUUAACCCAAGAAUUUGAUAUUGUUGUUUUGGAUGAAAUUCAAAUGAUGGGUGAUCCAGAUAGAGGCUGGGCAUGGACUAAUGCCGUACUAGGUUGCAAUUCUAAAGAAUUACAUCUUUGUGGCGAAAAAUCUGUGCUGCCCUUGAUUAGGAAAAUCGCUGCCAUCACUGGUGACGAAUUAAUCAUUAACGAAUAUGCAAGAUUGGGUGAACUAAGAGUCGAGACCUCGCCUAUACCAAAUGGUCUCAGAUCCUUACAAAAAGGUGAUUGCUUAGUUGCGUUUAGUAAGAAAAAGAUUAUUGAUUUAAAAUUAAAAAUUGAACAAGAAACCACCUUUAAAGUUGCAGUAAUCUAUGGUUCCUUGCCUCCAGAAACUAGAAUUCAACAGGCCAAUCUUUUCAAUGAGGGUCGAUACGAUGUUUUGGUGGCAUCUGAUGCAAUUGGUAUGGGACUAAACUUGGCCAUUAAUAGGGUGAUUUUCACCACUGAUUCCAAAUUUAAUGGGGAAGAGAUGGUUUUGUUAACCACCUCUAAUAUAAAACAAAUUGGGGGUCGUGCAGGGAGAUUCAAAAGCCACGAAGAGGGACCAUCGGUUGGUUAUGUCACUGCUACAAGUAAGUCGGUGUUAGAGAAUGUCAGAAGUGGUAUCAAUGCAAAAACAGAAUACUUGAACAAGGCAUAUGUUUGGCCGCCUGAUCAAUUGGCUAGUAAAAUGAUCAAAUUAUACCCACCAAAUAUUUCCCUAAGCUUUUUUUUGAAUGAUAUCAGUUUACAAAUUGAAAAAAAUGCCACAAAAAUUUUUGCAUUAAGUGAUUUAAGAAAUAGACUAGAAGCUAUAUCUUUAUUCGAACACGUUUCUGGAUUAACUUUCCAAGAGAAGAUGAUAUUAAGUAAUGCUCCUGUCAAAAGUUUGCCGGCUGUCCAAAGAGCAUACGUAAAUUUUUGUAAAACCAUUGCUAAUAAACAAACAAAAAAUAUUUUUAGUUAUCAACAAGACCUAGAACCCUCGCUAUUAGAGGCUAAGUUUAGUAAGAAGGAAAAUAUUGGUUUAGAUAAAUAUGAAAACAUCCAUAGUAUAUUAUCAUUAUUUUUUUGGUUAGGCAAUAGAUGGCCGAAUUAUUUUGUUGAUCCUGAAUCCGCCACCGAUUUAAAACAUUUAUGUGAACUCAUUAUAUUUGAUAAAUUAGAUAGUUUAACCAAGAAUCCGUAUUUGAAGAAAAAUGCAAUUUAUGGUUCAUUUUUUUCUAAAUCCUUCGUCGGUAAUAAUAAGAAUCGUAGUGGAAGAACAAAAAAUUGA